AUGGCUUCCAACACCAGCCAAGAUGACAUCCUGUCUCAGUUCUGUUACAUGACAGGAACCAACCCGACAGAGGCUCGACCCUUUUUGGACGCGAACCACUGGGACAUCGAUGCCGCCGUUACGGAAUACUUUGCGGACCAGGAGGAAGAGCUUUUACAAGACAUGGAGGCCAGUGACGGUAGGCGGCUUGGGUCCGAUGACCCAGCUGAGCAGUCGACUGGAGCUCGCUCUCUUGGACAGGGGGCCUCGGCCGGUUCGCAGCCAUCCCAGGGCAAGUCUGGUGCUGCUAAGAAAUUCGCAACCCUGAAGGACCUGUCGUCGGGAGCCGGAGGACGCGAUACCGGGGAUGACGACGACGAGAAGCAAGAUUUUUUCGCUGGUGGUGAAAAAUCAGGCCUGGCGGUGCAAAAUCCAGAUGACAUCAAGAAGAAGAUUCUCGAAAAGGCCAAGCUAGCCCAGCCACCCCCGUCCGACGACUCGACAUCGAAGACAUCUCAUUUCACGGGGGCUGCGCGCACGCUGGGAGGUGACGACGCUCCGAGCCAGGUGGUCCAGGACCCGAAUGAAAACCGACCCCAGCGACCACCACGGGUCCAACGUACACUGCACUUCUGGGCUGAUGGCUUUUCGGUAGAGGAUGGGGACUUGUAUCGAUCCGACGACCCUAGGAACGCGGGGAUCCUGGAAGGCAUCCGGCGUGGACGAGCCCCUCUCUCCAUCAUGAAUGUCCUACCAGGACAGGAAGUCGACGUGGAAAUCAAGCAACAUGAGGAGAAAUACACCCGGCCCAAGCCAAAAUACAAGCCAUUUUCUGGCUCUGGGCAACGACUUGGGAGCCCGACUCCCGCCAUUCGCACCUCCCAACCCGAGCCCGCUGCUGCGGCCGCCGCCAGUCCGUCAGAAGCAGCGAAACCCGAUGUUGACGAGUCACAGCCAAUAAUCACAUUGCAAAUCCGGCUCGGUGACGGUACGCGUCUCACAUCUCGAUUCAACACCACUCAUACGAUUGGAGAUGUGUACUCUUUUGUGUCGGCAGCCAGUCCCUCCAGCCAGUCUCGGCCCUGGGUGCUGAUGACAACUUUCCCCAGCAAAGAAUUGACCGACAAGUCUGCGGUUUUGGGUGAAUUGUCUGACUUUAAACGAGGCGGAGUUGUCGUGCAGAAGUGGCAAUAG